AUGGCGGCGGCGGCAGCUGCAGCGCCGGAGUCGUACAUCGGGAGCCUGAUAAGCCUCAUGUCCAAGAGCGAGAUCCGGUACGAGGGAGUCCUGUACACCAUCAACACCGAGGAGUCCAGCAUCGGGCUCAGAAACGUUCGCUCAUUUGGAACUGAAGGUCGUAAGAAGGAUGGCCAACAGAUUCCUGCCAGCGACAAGAUAUAUGAGUACAUACUCUUUCGAGGAAGUGAUAUAAAGGAUUUGCAAGUCAAAUCCUCUCCACCAUCUCAGUCAGCAACUUUACACAAUGAUCCUGCUAUUAUUCAGUCACAUUAUCCUCAUCCAGCUUCACUGUCUACAAGCUUGCCUUCUGCUGCAAGCACAACAGCAGUUAAUCCUACUUCACACAAUGCUCCAUCCAUGAUUCAGAUGCCACCACCAUUUCAAGGGAAUUUGCCCCCUUACCAAUCUGGCACCAGCUUACAGUCAUGGAACUCGUCACCUAUGCCAUCAUCAGUGAAUGGCACUGGCCUUACAAUGCCACCAAUGUACUGGCCAGGAUAUUACACACCACCAACUGGGUUUCCUCAUCUGCAGCCGCCACCCUUUCUUAGGCCACCACACAGUUUGGCUGUUCCACAGGUCCUGCAGCUUCCUGUACAAUAUCCUGGACUUGGAUCUUUACCUGCUGGAUUUCCAAGUUUGCCAGAGCUUCCUUCUUUUCUUCAACCUGGUAAUAGUAAUAGUUUAAGUCAAACUUCAGGUGUACCUACAUCUGUGUCAGUACCUGCUUCAUUGAGUACAUCAGAAACUGAAUCAUCAAGAAGCCAACUGCCAAAUAAGUGGUCAUCUGAUUCUGCUUCUGUAGUGUCUGUGGGUUUUACUCCUCCAUCUGUGACUCCUUCAGUUUCGACAGAUGAACCCUCAAUGCCUGUGUCACAGGUCUUGCCUUCUCUGGUGAACAGUAAGCCAGUAGCUCUACCUAACUCCACCGGGCCCUCUCUCUCCACUGAUAAGCCUGUGAUUGUACCUGAUGCUUCAGUGCCUACCUAUCUAUCAUCAUCUCAGCCACCAUCUUCUAAUGAUGCAACUCUAGUCAAUGUUGCGGAGCAAGUUCCAUUGGUAACUCCUGGGCAACUUCUGUCAACUACUUCCUCUACAAUUGUAUCAUCUCAUGCCUUGCAAACUUCUGCUGUGGUUCUAUCCUCUAAGGCUGCCCCCUCUACGGUUCCAUCCUCUCAGGCUACAUUGUCUGUAGCUUCACCCACACAGGUUGCUUCCUCUUCUGUUUUGUCGCAACAGGUGGAAGUGACCAGUGAAAGUAAGCGAGCCAAGCAGCGUGAGUGGAAGGCAAAACAACCUGUGGUUGCUACACCUGGAAAUAAGGAGCCCAUAUUGCCUGCGCCAAAGCCCGUGCUUCAAAAGCCUGUAGCAGUUUCCUCGUAUGUCCAGUACAACAAUAGAGGCCGGGGAAGAGGAAGAGGCCGCGGAAGAGGAAAUGGGCAAUCACAUCCCAUAACCAAGUUCACAGAGGACUUCGAUUUCAUGGCAAUGAAUGAGAAGUUCAACAAAGAUGAAGUUUGGGGCCAUCUUGGUAAAAGCAUAGGGCAGUUAAAUGAUGAACCAAAUGGUUACGAAGAUGAUGUUCUAGAAGAUGAUGAGAUAUCUCCUAGAAAGCCAGAAGCUAAGCCUGUGUAUGUUAAAGAUGACUUCUUUGAUUCACUCUCGUGCAACACAAUUGACAAUGGAGGGAGGAAUGGAAGAGUGAAAUUCUCCGAGCAGAGGAAAAUAGACACCGAGACCUUUGGUAACUCAGCAAGGCAUCGACCAAUGGGCAUCCGAGGUAGGGCCCCCCGUGGUGGGGGUGGUGGCCCUCGUGGUCGUGGCUAUUAUGGUAGAGGAUAUGGAUAUAUGGGUAGGGGCCGUGGCUACUCUUACCCAAAUCACCAGUCGUGA